GGAAAUUAUUUAAUGCGUUAAAAAUAAUAUUAAAAGGAAAUUACUUAACAUAAUGUUUAUGUAUAAAUAUAAAAAAAUAAUAUAUAUACUAGUAAUCUCGUUCGAAAAAAACAUUCAGGAAACUCAGCGUCUCCUCAGUGAACCAGGAGUUUGAUACAUUGACACCAUGAAAGAGGAACAACGCUUACUUCUUCUCCACUCAUCUUCACUCUUCUUUCCUCCUCAAGGAGUGAAGCUAUCAUAUGGGACAGCAGGGUUCAGGGCAGAUGCAUCGAUCCUUAAAUCAACAGUUCACAGAGUUGGGAUAUUGGCUGCUUUAAGAUCACUCAAAACCCAAUCAGUUGUUGGAUUGAUGAUCACAGCUUCACACAAUAAAGUUACUGACAAUGGAGUCAAAAUUGUUGAUCCAAGUGGUGGAAUGCUCACUCAAGAAUGGGAACCUUUUGCUGAUCAACUUGCCAGUGCCCAAACUCCUGAAGCCUUACUCUCACUCAUAACAGAAUUUGUAGAGAAGGAAAAAAUUCCAUUAGAUGGAGUGCAAUCUGCAGAGAUAUUGUUAGGAAGAGACACCCGGCCUAGCGGAGAAUCCCUCCUUGAAGCUGCAAAGCAGGGAAUAAGUUCAAUUCUUGGAGCUAUUGCUCUUGAUUUAGGAAUUUUAACAACCCCACAGCUGCAUUGGAUGGUUCGUGCUAGGAAUAAAGGCAUGAAAGCGACAGAACCUGCCUAUUUUGAACAGAUUUCAAGCUCCUUCAGGUGCUUGGUAGAUUUGAUCCCAAAUGAAACCAAAAGCAGCAAGAUGGAUAACACAGUUGUGGUUGAUGGGGCUGAUGGUGUGGGUGGAGAGAAACUUGAAGUUUUGAAAAGUAUGUUAACCAGUUUAGUUAUCGAGGUUCGUAAUACUGGUAAAGGUGGGGGUCUAUUGAAUGAUGGGGUUGGUGCCGAUUACGUACAGAAAGAGAAGGUUGUUCCACGUGGAUUUUGUUCCAAUGAUGUUGGAUUAAGGUGUGCAAGUUUGGAUGGUGAUGCUGAUCGCCUUGUAUAUUUUUCUCUCCCAACUAGCAGUAGCAGAAAAAUUGAUCUUGUUGACGGGGACAAAAUAUUAUCCUUGUUUGCAUUGUUCAUCAAGGAGCAACUAAGUAUUCUGACCAAGGAGGGCACUGAAAAACUUGAUAAUAGUUAUCAUGCUCGACUUGGUGUUAUACAGACAGCUUAUGCUAAUGGAGCAUCCACUGAUUAUCUCAAACAAUCGGGUUUGGAAGUCAUUUUUACUCCUACAGGGGUAAAACACUUGCAUGAGAAAGCUGCUCAGUUUGAUAUUGGAAUCUAUUUCGAAGCCAAUGGUCAUGGCACUAUCUUGUUCUCUGAAUCCUGGUUGUCUUGGUUAGAGGCCAGGAACAAUGAACUAGGUUUGGCGUCUGAAGGAUCCGAACAACAGAAAGCUGCUCUAAGACUACUCUCUGUCAGUAAAUUGAUCAACCAAGCUGUUGGAGAUGCUUUGAGUUGCUUGCUUUUGGUUGAGGUUAUUUUGCAACAUAAGGGUUGGUCCAUACAUAAAUGGAAUGAACUUUACCAGGAUUUACCUAGUCGACAACUUAAGGUCAAAGUUGUAGACAGAACAGCCGUUGCAACAGCAAAUGCCGAAACUGUAGCUAUUAGUCCCCCUGGCAUUCAAGAAGCCAUUGAUGCUGAAACUGCGAAGUACCCUAAAGGCCGGUGUUUCAUACGACCAUCAGGUACAGAGGAUGUCAUUCGUGUUUAUGCAGAAGCCUCCACCCAAGAAGCUGCAGACAGCUUGGCCGGUUCUGUUGCCAAAAUUGUUGAUCGUUUUCUAGGUUUUAGCAGCUCUCAGCAGUAGCUUCCCUAAUCUUUCACAUUAUAACAGAAAUCACAAAUGGAGACGCAGAUUACUGCAUUGAUUUCAAAUUGAGUUUUCCCCACUACUUUGAACACUACAGAGUUCCUUUUCUGUUCGGUAUCUACUCGUUUAUGUGAAUGCUUCCCUGUGCGGUAAAAGUACCCCACAAUCUUUCUCCUUCAUCCCUUGCCCUUCAUUGUACUGGUUGAUGAAAUGGUUAACUCCUUUGGUUGACAAUUCCGGCUCCAACCGAGUAAUCCAUUUGGUGAUGGGCAAGGAACACAUUGGUUUUCCUCCCAUCUGUGCCCCAUAAUGAGUUCCUAGAGAAGAUUGUAAUGUCUCUUCCCAAGCAUGUGAAACGACCUUGUCAUAGUAGGUAAAAAGCCUUCAGGUUCCCGUCGGCCUUGUCAAAAUGAGAACCGUUAGCCGAUCAACUUCCCAAUGCCCAAACUCUUGGAAGCUCUCCUCUCUGUGGGUAACAUUUUAUGUUUGUGGAAGUGGGUUUUAUUUGUUUUAUAGUAAUUCACUGAAAUUAUAUCAAGAAACUAUUGGAACAUCCGGAAAUAUAUUUGAGCACCUCCAACUUCUAAUAAUUAACAAAAAAAAAAAAAACCUUUUGUGCUACA